GGCCCCUUUCCGAAGCAUUGUAGAAUGACACUAGUGUAGCCCAAUAAGAAUAAAAGGUGAGGAAGCGGCUAGUUGACCGAUUACUGUCAGAAUUCUGACGUGUUUCCGUCAGCUCCUCUUCUAGCGAUGCCUGGUACUGGUAUGGGUACAGUUCCGAGUCGUCCAUUGAUUCUGUUGUUAGUUGUCGGGUGUAAGUGGAUGCUGUCCUCCAGGAAUACCUCCACUGAAAACAAGUUACCCAAUAAAACUGGGCACCGAGUUAAAGUGCUCAGCAAACAUCAGCCCUCUAAACGCACAGCAUGUGAUGACCUGAACAAAUAGUGCAUGGGGGAGACUCACAAACUGAUAAUCUACACGAAAAUGUCUAUUUUAAAAGAGAAACAUGUAGAUUUUCCAGAGCAUAAGUUGGUACACAACCCUCUGACUGGUCUUUACAUCAGCCCAAACUCCUUUAUGAUGUCAUUUACACACUCUUGAUUUAUCUGGAAGUCUUUGUCCUUCCCUCCCCUUCCCUCCCGUUCCCUUCCCUCCCCUCCCCUCCCCUCCCCUCCCUUCCCCUUCCCUUCUACAUUCUCAUUCCUUACCACUCAUCUCUACCCUUUCCCCUUAAAGGGCUGAAAUUUGUUUGUUGAAGAAAUGUCUUCCGAGUCAGAACAAGGUAAAGAGAGACUGAUUCAAGCUGCCAGACUAUUCUUCUUCCAUAUGCGAGAUCUGGUUACCUUCAUAAAUAGGUUCGUGGAGCUGUUUAACCUCACGAUGAAGACUCACAUCCUCCCCGUGAAUCUGAACGAAGAGAGCUGCAUUAAAGAUUUCUUUGAACAAAUGAUCAAACAUUUUAAAGAGAUGCAACUGAUGGUGGGUGGAAAGCACAAAGAAAUGCAAACCGAGCCUUUGUGUUCCAAGGUGCUGACUGCUGUCACCUCUGCCGUGGAGAAGUGUGCCAACUUUACUCCACACCACACAGUGGAAGAGAUGCUCAAAGCCAUCCAGACAUCAGAUGCUGCCUUGGUCCUGAAGACCAGUCACAUUCUUGGGAAUCUAGAAACGUCUCUCUCACUCCUGAUGCAGUUCCCCAUCAUGGGUCUUCGCUUAAGUGACUUCUAUAGAGAGGAGACCAAAGAGCAGUCAGAUGCCACCCCAGAUGCCACCACAUCUGAGAAAAGCACAAGUCCAGAAUGUCCCAAAGCCACUGCAGAGGAAAUCUUGAGGAAGCUGCAAGAUGUGCUAAGUCCGGAGAAUGCCCACAUGCCAGUAGAAGCAGCUGCAAAGGAACUGGAACAGUUUGUCAAGUCUAUGGAGUUGACGUUACAGGUCCUCCAGAAGUCCAUAAAGGCCAUGGAAGGGGACGUCUCUAUACUUUCACAGGUCCAGAGCAAGUAGAGGAAAAUGUGUUCCUUUCUGAAUGAAAAUUAGCUUGAAUCCUCAAAGUUUUCAUGGUACCAUGUACAUUUCAUUGAUGCUAAAUAUUUACUAUGUUAGAACCCAA